UUAGACCUGCAGCUUGCCAAAAGCAGAGAAACAACUUGGAUACGGCUCUUAAUGUUCUCUUGCUGUGACUGGUGGUAAAGGUGAUGGUAUCAUUUUCUAACAGAGGACUCUUUAGGUGAUGGUAUGUUUUCUUGGAGAUAGGGACCACUUUUGGAAACGUGAUAGGUUUUCCACAACUCUUGUUUUUUCUGCUGCUACCUUCGCUUUGGCUCCAGUAUGGCUCUCUACUCUCGAUUUGUGGUCGUGUUGCUUUACGGAUGGAGUUAUCUGUGCGUUGGAUACUGCGCGAUGCUGAAAAAAGACAGUUUCCCUGACAGACGAAAGGUGGAUAUUAUGCAAUCGGAGGAUAAAAAGCACCCUGAGAAAGACGACCAGAAUCUGCUUUUACAGGAUACAAUGACGGAACACAUGCAGAUGCUUUACGCAAAGUACAAUCGGGCUGGAUUUCCCUUCAAGGACGGCAACACAGUCCGCAGUUUCAAAGCGCAUUGGGGUACGAUAAACAACAAGCAGCUGCAGAUUUUCAACCUCACCGCCCUCACCAAGUCAGAAGACGUUCUGUCUGCCACUCUUCAUUAUUACAUCGGGGACCUUCAGAACAGAACCCAGGGCUGCUCCAGGUCCAACAGCUGUGGUCGCCACGGCCCCCGGAGGCACAACCACAUUCACAUGGUCAUCUGGAGUUUCGCCUCGGUAGAUAACAAGAUAAGAACUCUAGGACACUUUCGUAUCAACGUGUCCACCCUCUACAGGGACUUCAUAUCUUGGCAGUGGAAGGACAUAACUCGUGUGGUCAACCAGGCCAAACACCACGAUGAGCUGCUUAUAGGGAUUGAAGUGGCUUCACAAGGGCCCCAGCAGUGGAAGAAGCUCCUGUCUGACCGCUCACCCUACAUCCUGGUCUACGCCAAUGACUCUGCCAUUUCAGAACCUGAAAGUGUGGUAGCCACCCUCCAGAGACACCACUCGGUGGGAGGGGAGGGCUCCAUUGCACAACUGGGACUGCGUGAGCGAAACAACACUGAACAAGAACAGCUGCAGCCCAGAAACAAGCGCUCGGUGAACGUUCUGCUCCCGUUACAAAACAAUGAACUCCCCGGGCCCGAGUAUCCGUACGAGACGCCCGGGUGGGAUGAGACAAGUCCGUACGAACCUUUUGAAAACAAGCAGCCCCGACGGCCACGUAAAAAGACACGCAAGAACCAGCGGCACAAAAUGCCCCUGCUGCAGUUCGACGAGCAGACGAUUAAAAAGGCGCGAAAGAAGCAGUGGAUUGAGCCCAGGAACUGCGCUCGGAGAUACCUGAAAGUGGACUUCGCUGACAUCGGAUGGAGUGAAUGGAUUAUAUCACCCAAGUCGUUUGAUGCCUACUACUGCUCAGGGUCCUGCCAGUUCCCCAUGCCAAAGGCUCUGAAGCCCUCUAACCACGCUACCAUCCAGAGCAUAGUGCGGGCAGUGGGCGUCGUCCCGGGCAUCCCUGAGCCGUGCUGUGUCCCAGAGAAGAUGUCUUCCCUCAGCAUCCUCUUCUUUGACGAAGACAAGAACGUGGUGCUCAAAGUGUACCCGAACAUGACUGUAGAUUCUUGUGCCUGUAGAUAGUUUUUAAUUAUUUUCUAAAACGCCCGUUCAUAUAAAACUCAAGUCAUACAGAAAGAAAAAAAAAGAAAGCCACACAUUCAGCCAAAACGACACUCUCCUCCCGUUCAUUUAGUCUUACACUCAUUCAAUACAAACAGCCAUUGAGCACAACUUCCUUGUUUGCACUGGAGGAGAGUCCUACCUGUUGUUGCGUGCGAGGAGGAGCCUGCUCUGUUCAUGGGAAGGAAUGGAUCGCGUGAGUUAUCCUCGUAACUGGAUAACUGGAGUGGAAAGUCAAAUCUCCACCGGCACCACUUUAGCAUCUCAGUUAUCCGUUGGGCGAUAGCAAGGUGAAUGAAUCACAAACUCAAAAUCAACAAAUACAAAAUACCGAUCGAGGCACAAGAGAGACAAGAACUGAAGGAAAAGUCACUUUCCAGGGAAAACGCUGUCAGUUGGACCCGAUGCCUCUGAGGGAUCAUUCUCACCUUUCUCUCCUUCAAAGCUCGAAGUUGUCUUUGGUCGUUACCGCCAAGUCUAUGCUCACACUUGCAUGGUUUUUGUUACUAUUUGUAUGUAUUUAUGUCUGUACUAUCACUGUGUUAUUCACUAUAUGAGAAGUUAUUGUAUAAUUAUUGGCUUGGCUGCUAUAGAGAGAUAUAUUAGAUUCCAAAGCCAGAAUUGUGACGUAGACGGUACAGUAGAUAGCCGUACAUAUUUGUGUUUAGAUCACUGCUCCGUUGUUGUACAGAACCCACAUUUUAAGAGUUUAUUAUAUGCGGAAGUGUAAGCUACUUUUCAUUUGUGGUCUUCGUUAACAGUUGGAAUUGGGAGUUUUGGAGCAGACCCAUUAUUUGCUUUGCCAAGAAAAUGUUUUACAAGUAAACUUCAGAUGUAAUUUUGAAAUAUAAAGGGAUAUGGCAUAUCAUGAGGAGAAACAUUGAACAAGGGCUGUCCCCAUGUGUUUAUAACAAGUGUAAAACCACAGGACUCUAAAGGCCUCUUGAUGCUUGAGUGGAAUUUUGAAACCCUUAUUGGACCUGAUGAGCUCAGAAAGAAAGAAAAUAAGUUGUGAAACUUACCAGGCAUAGAAGAUUAAUACUUAUGCUUUCAAUAACCCUGAUAUCAGGCUGAACCUGACGUUUAAUUUCAGAACAGUUUAUUUGCAUUAUGCAUUACUCAAAGUAAUUGUGCUUCUGUGAUUUUAUUCCCCAGUUUUCACCCAGAUUUCCUCAUCAGAUUUUCAAAUUGUCAUUAUUUUCAAAUUAAAAAACAAAAAGUAACAGCAAUAACUAUAAUAUAUCGAAUAAUCAGGGAGAUCUUGUCUGUUUUCCUGGGCCGCAUAAGCCUUUAAUAUUACUGUAUGAGUGGAUUUUACAUACAUACAUCAUUAUGGGGUGUGUUAUUUGAUCACAUGUACUUUGCAUCAGGUCAACAUUGAACAACAGGAAGAGCAGUUAACAUGUCGUAAUGUUGCCUUGGGGAGUGCAUUAUUGUCAGAGUUCAUCAAAUCAAAUAUUUAUGCAGAGCAAAUAGACUGAAAUAUAGCAGCAAACCUUUUUUCUAUAGACUUGUACAUUGUUUUGUAUAUAGCUCACUAUAUGUUGAUGAUAUUGUAAUGUCUCGAGAUAGAAGUGCCUUUUGAAUGGGUGGUUUUCUGCUUUUCAAAAAGUUUGAUUUGAUUCAUGGCCUGUUCAGAGAACUGAGCUCAGCUGAAGUCAAAGCAAGCAGCUGGGAAUCGUUUUUUUAUGGUACAAAAUAGUCUACAAUGAGUGAACAUAGUGCAUAUUCUUUUGAUAAGUAUCGUCGCCAGUGGAAUUUACUCUAAAAUGUAUUUAAAAUAAUUCACUAUUUUGAUAUUUCAGAGACAUGUAUUUUGUGUCAAUCGCUAAGGGAAGAUUUUUUAACUUUAUAUAUUUUGUACUGACACUUUUUUUCCAGUUUGUGCUUCCUCAUCCUGCGCCGAUACAGAUCGUAUCAGCGUGUGCUAGAAUGGAAUGGCUGCUUGUACUAGAACAACACUGCAGACAUGACAACUGCUGACAAGCCGUUUUCGUGACCUUUCUUUGGACGCAUUUGAGACUCAACCCGUUUUUAAACUUCACAAAUGUGUUAUGGAUUACAAAUAUCAAAGACCCUUAUAUACAGUACAGUAUACCAGCAGUUUAUAAGAGCUUACUCUACUUCACCGUUCAACCCUAUCUUGUAAAUGUCAUGCUUUAGGUAAAAAAGAAAUGCUUGUACAAUAAGCUUCAUAAAAUAUAUUUGUAUAUGGAAAUGACCUUUAACAUGCAUCUAUUUAUUUUCUGUAUGUUGCAUAUCUUGUACAGGUGUGGUCCAGGAAAGGGGGGUCAAAGCACCCCCCCCCCCCAACUCCCUCUGUGCUCUGACCAUCCUUACGAAGCUUUCAAAGAAAUGAAUAAAGUAUGCAAGACUCA